GAAGCUAGCAGUCGGAUGCUCUGGUGAAGAGAUGGCGUCCCUUCUGCAGCCAGAUAGAGUAGUCUAUCUGGUUCGUGGAGAGAAAAAGAUCAGAGCCCCCAUAUCUCAGCUUUAUUUCUGCCGAUACUGUAGCGAGCUGCGGUCUCUGGAAUGUGUGUCUCAUGAGGUGGACUCUCACUAUUGCCCGAGCUGCCUGGAGAAUAUGCCAUCUGCAGAAGCAAAGCUGAAAAAGAACAGGUGUGCCAACUGUUUCGACUGCCCAUGUUGCAUGCACACCCUGUCCACCCGGGCCACUAACAUCCCAGCUCCUCUGCCUGAUGAUCCUACUAAAACUGCAAUGAAGAAGGCCUACUAUCUGGCCUGUGGCUUCUGCCGCUGGACCUCCAGGGAUGUGGGAAUGGCUGACAAAUCAGUUGCCAGUGGUGGAUGGCAGGAGCCAGAGAACCCUCAUAAUCAGCGGAUCUUCAAGCUGAUUGAGUAUUACCAGCAGCUGGCUCACAGAGAGAAGCAGGAGAGAGACAGGAAGAAGCUGGCCAGGAGGCGACAGUGCAUGCCUCUGGCAUUCUCGGAAAAGUACGGGCUGGGUACCAGACUGCAGAGGCAAAGGUCUGGAGCUCCCAUAUCAAGUCUGGCUGGUCUUUCCCUUAAAGAGGGUGAGGACCAGAAGGAGAUCACCAUCGAGCCUGCCCAGGCCCUUGAUGAGGUGGAGCCCCUGCCUGAAGAUUGUUAUACCAGGCCCAUCAGUUUACCAGAGGUGACCACCCUGCGCCAGCGGCUUCUGCAGCCUGACUUCCAGCCUGCGGGAGCAUCUCAGCUUCACCCCAGGCACAAACACCUCCUGAUGAAGCGCUCACUGCGCUGCAGGAAAUGUGAGCACAAUUUGAGCAAGCCAGAAUUUAAUCCGACUUCAAUCAAGUUUAAAAUUCAGCUGGUGGCUGUGAGUUAUAUCCCUGAAGUGAGAAUUAUGUCCAUUCCAAAUCUCCGGUACAUGAAGGAAAGCCAAGUGCUGCUGACCCUGACCAACCCAGUGGAGAACAUCACCCAUGUCACACUGGCCGCUUGUGAGGAGGAAGAUCCUGAUGACAUCAACAGCACUGCCAAGGUCAUAGUUCCCAGCAAGGAGCUAGUCUUGGCAGGAAAGGAUGCGGCUGCUGAGUACGACGAAUUGGCCGAACCUCAAGACUUCCAGGAUGACCCAGAUGUUGUUGCCUUCAGGAAAUCCAACAAGAUUGGUUUCUUCAUCAAAGUGAUCCCUCAGAAAGAAGAGGAUGCCGAUGUCACUGUUUCAUUUAAGGUCCGGCACGACUUCCGCAACCUCGCAGCUCCCGUCAGGCCAAGCGAGGAGGGAGCUGACACCACCACUGAGGCCAUUUGGCUCACGCACCACGUAGAGUUUAGGCUGGGACCACUCGCUCCCUGAACAUGAAAACAUCAACGCUCAAACAGUUCCCCAGUCUUAGUGUUGGGUUCUUUGAGUUAAGUAGGGUAUUUAAAAAUGAUUUCUGAUUCUGCUUAUUAAUAUGAAAGAACUAUUUGAAAUCUACUUGGCAUACAGUUAAUCCAGAGGGAGUUUUUGGUUGUUUUUGUUUCAGCACUAAGUUGCCUCAUCAGACACAUUCUGAAAUAUAUUAUUUAAAGCUCCCUGUGCUGCCCAGUUUAUAAAACAGGAUGACUACACACUACCUGAUACAAGCAUCAAGUUCAACCUGACCUCAUGAGAAGUACUUCAAAGUACUGUAAAUAUAUCAUGCUCCUCAGUUUAAACACGUUACCAUCUAUUAUUACAAACUUAACAUAAAUUGCAAACAGAACAACAUUUAUUUACAUCUUAUUUAAAAAUGUCAAGUUGUAAUUUGUUAGAAAAAUUCUACUUCUGCUGUUGCAGGAAUGUGAAAAACGAUUAAUCACAUAAGCUUAUUUUCUUUAAACCUACCAGUCUCUCCACUCUUACUCUUACAAGUACAUCGUCUUUCAUUAAUUGUGUUGUGCUGCUAAAUGGAAUACUUGCCUCUGCUGUAUGUAGCAAAUAGCUAAUAGCUCAAAGAAGUUGUUGAAUGCAAUAAUGUUACAACAAAGAGAUCACAAGAAACUUUUAUCUUAAAUAAAAGAUGAGCAGAAUCGGAAAUCAUAAUUAAGAACAAUUCAUACAUUUCCCAACUGUGCAGCACACACACACACACACACACACACACACACUUCUGCACUUGCAUAUUCUCGUCAGCCUCCUUUUCUGCAGACAAUAGUAUCGUAUUAACUCGCAUGCUUCAGCUUUAGUAAAUAUUGCAAACGUUAGACAAUGUCAUCGCAGUUACUGAUUCUGUGCUGUAUUCUGUUCAACAACCUUGUUCUCUGGGGCGAAGGUGACACCAGCCCAAAUAAAGAGGAUCGUUUUACUAUUGUCUGAAGUCACACAGUAACUUUCAUGGCACUAUGGAGAGGAUGUAUAAGAACCUCUGUAAAUUACAUUAAGUACAAAGUGUUCAUCGGUUUCAUGUGUUAAGACACUAUGGUUUAUUUCUGAUUUAAAUGCAUUGUUUUGGUUGGUAGGAUUCACUGACUUCUCUGUCAGUGUGUAUUGUAAGUCGCUGUCAUUUUUGGUUUUCAGUGUGUAAACUUAGUAAAACAGAGCCUUACAACACAGUUAAUCUUAUGUACUGGCUAAUAAAAUAAUGUGAUACUG